AUGGUACCCGCUGCUGAAAACCUAUCUCCGAUACCUGCCUCUAUUGAUACGAACGACAUUCCUUUAAUUGCUAACGAUUUAAAAUUACUGGAAACGCAAGCAAAAUUGAUAAAUAUUCUGCAAGGUGUUCCUUUCUACUUGCCAGUAAAUUUAACCAAAAUUGAAAGUCUGUUAGAAACCUUGACUAUGGGCGUGAGUAAUACAGUAGACUUAUAUUUUCAUGACAACGAAGUCAGAAAAGAAUGGAAAGACACUUUAAAUUUUAUCAAUACCAUUGUUUAUACAAAUUUUUUCCUUUUUGUUCAAAACGAAUCCUCUUUGUCCAUGGCAGUUCAACAUUCUUCUAACAACAAUAAGACCUCGAACUCUGAAAGAUGUGCAAAGGAUCUGAUGAAAAUUAUUUCUAAUAUGCACAUUUUUUACUCAAUAACAUUUAAUUUUAUCUUCCCCAUAAAGUCGAUAAAGUCAUUUUCAAGCGGCAAUAAUCGCUUUCAUUCUAAUGGUAAAGAAUUUUUAUUCGCAAAUCAUUUUAUUGAAAUCUUACAGAAUUUUAUAGCAAUCACAUUUGCUAUUUUCCAACGUUGUGAAGUAAUAUUAUAUGACGAAUUUUACAAAAAUCUUUCAAAUGAGGAGAUUAAUGUUCAAUUGCUAUUGAUUCAUGACAAGAUUUUGGAAAUUUUAAAAAAAAUAGAAAUUAUCGUAUCCUUUUUACGAGAUGAAAUGAAUAGCAACGGAAGUUUCAAAUCUAUUAAAGGUUUCAACAAGGUUUUGAAUCUGAUUAAAUAUAUGCUGAGAUUUAGCAAGAAAAAACAAAAUUUUGCGAGAAACUCUGAUAACAAUAAUGUUACAGAUUAUAGUCAGUCGGCGAAGAACAAAAAUGUUCUCUUGAAAUUCCCCGUUAGUGAACUGAACAGAAUCUAUUUAAAAUUUAAGGAGAUUUCAGAUUUUUUAAUGGAAAGAGAAGUUGUCCAAAGGAGUAUAAUUAUUGACAAGGAUUUGGAAUCUGAUAAUCUGGGUAUUACUACGGCAAACUUCAACGAUUUCUAUGAUGCAUUUUAUAAUUAG